AUGUCGUCCUUCGAAGAUGGACUGGCGGUGACUAGAAUCGUCACAACGGCCCCAAUGCUAGGAUACUUUCCUGUCGCCGCCCAUUUCAAGCUGUUCGAUGCUCUUGUGGAGCUAGGUACACCCGCUACUAGCGAGGACAUCUUGGAAGCUUAUAAACGAAGGCUUCCGGCAGGCGAAAAUGCAGGCUCUGCUCCAGGCUUGGCUCUAAUUAAGGAUACUUUGUUCGCCAUGACAGGCCUAGGCCUCGUCGAUAGCGAGGCGGAUAACGUGUACAGCCCGAACGGUCUCACGAAACACCUAGUUGCGCAUCCACCUGCAUUACAUGGAGGAAUCCACUUCUCGACGGAGAUGAUGCUUGCUGCUACGUUUCUUUUCCCGAUGCUGAAGGCAACGGAUUUCGAAUAUCCUUUUCGAGAAUGCGAGACACCAAUGCAGUAUGCGCACAAACUGAUGGGGAACGAGGAGUAUUCGAAGAAACAUACAUACUCAAUCAUGUCUGAGGAAGGACGCAUGGACAGUUUCAACUCAUUCAUGGUCGGAAAGUUUUUCAACGGACCGAGCAGUACCGAGCGUCUGCAAAAGCUGCAGUAUGAUCUUGAGGCUGUGCUAGAAAGUGCCCCACCGACAGCGACGAAGAUGGUUGAUAUUGGCGGGGGCCGCGGGGAGAUGCUUCUACAGUUCAAGGAAGCAUUCCCGCAGUUGCAGGACAAGGAUUUGGUUGUGGAGGAAUUUAAUGACGACCUGGGAGAUGUGCCUGGCAUUACCCAGGUACAGUGGAAUUUCAAAGACGAAAGCAGUCCGCAGCCGAUUAAGGGAGCGUUGAUAUACCACCUGGCGCAUGUCCUGCAUAACCUUCCAGAUCUGGAUGCAGUGCGGCUCCUCCAGAGGAUCAGUGAGGCAAUGGAACCGCAUUCGAGGAUCCUGAUUCAUGAACUGGCCAGAAGCAAAGACCUGGCUUUGCUGCAUGCAGCGAUGAUGGUAUUGUUUGGUGGAAGGGAGAGGACGCCAGAAGAGUUCCGGAAGCUGGCGGGAGCAGCUGGCCUAAGGGUUACUUUUGAGGCAUUCCCGCCAUUCGGAGAUGGUUUGAUUGAACUCAUGAAGCCGGGGGUUGAGGUAUCCCUGUGUCGCGAUGCCACGGAUGGCUAA